AGAAAUUGAAAAGGGAUAAGAGGAAGGAGAAAAUGCUGGGCUGGUGUGAAGCGAUAGCUCGUAACCCUCACAGAAUCCCAAACAACACGAGAACACCCGAGACCUCAGGGGAUUUGACUGAUGUCCAACAAGCCUCCACAUUGAAUGACAAAUCCCCAGGCCGGUCUGCAAGUCGAUCAAGUAAUAUUUCAAAAGCAAGCAGCCCAACAACAGGGACAGCUCCCAGGAGUCAGUCAAGGUUGUCCGUCUGUCCAUCCACUCAAGACAUCUGCAGGAUCUGUCACUGUGAAGGGGAUGAAGAGAGUCCCCUGAUCACACCCUGUCGCUGCACGGGCACCCUGCGCUUUGUCCACCAGUCCUGCCUCCACCAGUGGAUCAAGAGCUCAGACACACGUUGCUGUGAGCUCUGCAAGUAUGACUUCAUCAUGGAGACCAAGCUCAAACCUCUGCGGAAGUGGGAGAAACUACAGAUGACCACCAGUGAAAGAAGGAAAAUAUUCUGCUCUGUCACCUUCCACGUCAUCGCAAUCACCUGUGUGGUUUGGUCUUUGUAUGUUUUAAUAGAUCGGACAGCUGAGGAGAUCAAGCAAGGCAACGAUAAUGGUGUCCUUGAGUGGCCAUUUUGGACCAAGCUGGUCGUGGUGGCCAUUGGCUUCACAGGAGGUCUGGUCUUCAUGUAUGUACAAUGUAAAGUCUAUGUUCAGUUGUGGCGCCGGCUGAAGGCCUACAACCGGGUGAUCUUUGUGCAGAAUUGCCCGGACACUGCCAAAAAAUUGGAGAAGAACUUCUCGUGUAGUGUAAACACGGACAUCAAGGAUGCGGUGGUAGUGCCUGUGUUACAGACAGGUACAAAUUCACUGGCACCUGUGGAGGGCGGCCCGGCUGAAGUCAUCCCCGUGUGAUGGAAUCAGUGAGGAGUUUCUAUAUAAAGAAUCUCUUUCUCACCUCCGGCCACUACAGUGUCAGAAGUGAUCCUGAAUCAUUAACUCUUUAUCUUUUUCCCUUUCUCCUACUGACUUAUUUUUCCUCCCUCCUCCAAAAAGGAAAAGAGGAAAAAUACACCAAACAUCCAGGAUCCCAUGAAGCAGAGUCUAAAGUGUUAUAAGAAAACGUGAAGUUUGUGUGCUGAAGAAUGAUUUCUAAGACACUUUAAAAACCAUCAAAGCAAGGUAUGCUUUUAGGUGAAGAGGAAAGACUAAAAUGGACACAUGAUCCUUCUCACAGCAGCAGGGGAAAGCUGGAGAACACAGACUGGAAUUGCAGUGUGUAUUUCUUCCAGGGCCUCGUGACAUUAACUGUCUCAUCUGGAAAUAGCAAACAGAUUUGGUUUUAAGCUUGAAGCUGUAUGCAUUAUCCCUAAGUCACAUCAGAAGCAAACUUGGAGGAUGCACAUUUUGAUAUUCAUACUUUGACAGCUAACAGAUUUUUAUGGCGAUAGUGGAGUGGAGUUGUUUUGACAAAUGCAUGUUUUUAAAGUAGAUGCAAUACACCUUGAAAGAUAUUAAUACUGGGAAUUGUAUUUAAAUCAUGAACAAAAGAUUUUCAGAAUUUUUGUUUGUUUGUUUUCUUAGCUCUUUUAAACACCCACAGAUGUUGAAACUCACCAUCAGAGCCUGCAAAUUCCCCAAUAAAAAAUAGCAAGAGCCAUCGAAUGGACCCCACAUGGGUAAAUUGAAAAUUUCCUAGAACCCCCAUUAGAAAAAGUAAAAAUGCAGAAAUGAAAUUAAUUUUGACAAGGUAUUUUAUUUAAUACCAUAUAUUAUUUCAUUUCAACACUUUGUCAAUAGAAAAUACAAAAAACUGAGCUAUCUUACAACAAUUUUCAUGAAGCAAGUCUGCAAAAUUCAGUAUGUAUUUUACCCUCACAGCAUAUCUCAAUUUGACCUAACCAUAUGGAUCAGUGCAGCCCUAAAAUUUAGAGAUCAAAUUUCUGCAUCAUUUAACACAUUUCUCAGAAUAGCAGCUUAAUUCAGUAUUUUAUUCAAAAGCUGGCAAAUGUUGGUUUUAUAAAACACUAAAUUAAUGAAAUUUUAGUGUUUUGAUUAAAGAAGUUAUCAUUUUUCUAAAGAGUGAAAAAAAAUUGUUUAGGUACAGAAAGAAGACACCUGCUUGUAGCAAAGUUCUAAAAUUAACUUCUGUUUGCUAUGAUGAAGCACUUCUAAUGGGGAAAAAAAACAUUUUCUUAUUAAAUGAAUAUUCAAGGUUUUUGUUUUGUUCUGUUUUGUUUUAAUCCACAUGCGGUAUCAAUUUGACAGAUGAGUAGUAUGACCAAGCAUUUAGGCUCUAUUUUUAAAAACUGACAGUAUUUUCCUUGCUCAGCUGGGAAACAAAAAUAUUCCACAGAUUCUGUGUAAUGGAGUUGUUUAGGUUUGACAGUUCGGUUGAUUAUUGUGUUCUUUGCAUAUUCAUGUAAAACUGAAGCGUGAAUGAUACUGCAGUGAGCUAGAUUAAUGAUUAUCGAUAUAGUGGCUUGUCAAAGAACCAUGUCUUACACAAAAGCAGUGAUUUAUUUUUGUUAGCUGUCUUAUUUAUUCCUGUGAACAGACAACCAUGAUGGUCAGGGAAACCAAAGCAUGAGUAUCGCAUUGCACAAAUCUGGGUCUCAACUGAUGCACUUUGUUAUUAUCAGUUUGCUUAUUCUUCACAGAUUAUAAUAGGACAAAGGAAAAAGAAAUAACCUUUUAAUGAGGACACAGGUGAUAUGAGUAUUAGUAAUGGCUGAACGUGAGUCUGAAUAGAUCAGCAAAUUCCUAUAAAUAAAGAACAGGUAAAUAAUGUCAGCGUCUGUGUAUGUGGCGUGGGGAUGUAGUCAUGUAUAUAUACAAGAAAAUGUUAAAGUGUUUAGACAGGAAGCAAAAGGUUUAAAACUCAUCUUUCUUAAAUUUUUGUAGGUGUGUGGAAGAAAGGCAUAGAGAGAACAAACUAAGGUAACUAACCUGGACCAAAAUUUUUGCAUAAAUAAAGACAUGAUUUUUCCAAACUACAUAUAUAUACACACACACACACACACACACACACACACACACAGUUGAGUAUCUUUGUACUCACUUCCUCUUAAAUUUCCAUUUUAAAGGCUGAAGAUAAAUACAUUCAUGGAUAACAAAGCUCUGGGUGAUUGAACUAUGACUCCUUCCCCAAGUAAUUAACCUUGAUUUGAUUUUUCUGUUAAUCUUUCUCAGCAGUGGCAACUUAAUUGUUUACAUAUAUUCCUAGGAGGGAAUCUAGUCACCAACGAAGAAAUACUGAUUUAUCUUCUGUUUGCUCAGGAAGGAAAAGGCUAUUUACCUUAGUUGCUUAAUACUAUUUAAAUUCGGUACAAACCUAAGUAACCUACGUGCAUAGCUCAUUGCAUAUGGGAGAUAAUUGGCUAAAAGUAGGCCUCUUUAUUAAGAACUACAAUAACACUAAGAAGAUAUUUCUAUAAUGAAAAGUAAAGGUAAGCGUUAUUGUAUCAACCAUAAAAGGUGACAUGGUGUUCAGCCAUACCAAAAUCCUGAAAAAUAACUUCCACUGGUUUUACUUUUUUGUAAUGAGGAAAGAAUAGAGCUCCCUUGUGGGUUAAAAGUCACCCUUUCAUUCUGCUGUUCUUCUGACCUUCUUAGUCCCUGAACUCAACUUGAAUCUUUCAAGAGUCUGCCUACAAUAGCCGUUUGUGAUUCAUACAAUCUGAAACAACCACCACAUACAUCUAAAACCUAAGGUUGAUUGUUUUUUUUCUUUUUAUGUUUUUGUGGCAAGUAGUACAUGUCCCUUUCAAUGAAAGAAUUGGAUAUUUUGACAAUGUUUUUUUUGUGGACUGGAUGUAACUGUGCUCUAGACUAAGAUAUUUUGAAGCAUGUUUACCUGCUCAUGUAGCAAAUAAGGUGGAAUUGAAACAAAGGACUGCAAUUGAGGAUUGAUUUUAUCAUUCUGUUAAAAACCUUGGCUUUUUAUAAACACGAACCUGUGGUAUUAUCAAUACCACAAAACAGACAUUUAUGCUGUUAAUUUUUUAAACUAAAGACGAAUCUGUCUUAUUGUUAAAAUGAAAGAUUAAACUGUAAAGAAGUAAAAUUCCAGUAGUUUUCUUUUGAAAUGAAGCCUACGAAGGCAAUUGAACUUAAGUACAAAUACAAACAAAAAAAUAAAAUCAAAACCAACACAAAGGGAGGUGGGUGUGUUUUGAAGGAGUCUUUCAAAAUACUCUGGUUAAAUCUCUCAUUGGCUGUUGUUACAUGUAAUUAGAGUCCCAGAGUGGCCUCUUAGUGCAUUCAUCUUGUUUUGCACAAGUCCUUGGGUAUUGCUAUCAUGUGUAUUCUUUGACAGAAAAAUUAGCUGAGAGCCACAAUGUCCUUGAGAUAUUGUAAUUGUCAUGGGGGUGAGGUAUGGAAGGAUCACCCCAUCAGCCUGACAGUUUGCCUUGCCUUGUCAUUGAAUGUUUUGCAACAAAAUAGAGCACUUAAAAUGUACUACUGUAGAUGUUACUUAAUUGUGUACGAUUUACACUUUAAUUAAGAAAGAUGAAAACCUUUUUUCUUUCCUUAAGUCAGCCCAAAGGUGCUAUUUUACAUAUCAAUACAGUUGAAAGGAAGUGCUGUUAUUUUUGGGCUGCAGUGUUCCUCCACUUCUGAAGAAAGCCCAUUUUGAAAUUGGACAUUGCAUUAAAACCAAUAAGGACAAAGUAUUUUAACUGUGUACAAUUUUUGAGAUUGAGCAUUUGUACUCUUUUUGGUUUUACCUAAUUCUCUUGCAUUAAAAAUUUCCUGUUUUGUGAAUAAUGUGUACUAAGACAAAUUAAGGAAAAGAAAACAAUGAUCUGUGAAAGAC